UGCAUCAUUUCAAUUACCUCGUAUAUGGCUCUGCAACAUCCCCUAUUGCCUUGCAAAUCUUCCAUGGCUCUCAUUCUCCUAUUCAUUGCGUUGCUACACAUAACAGGAGUACAAUCCAUUGGUGUUUGCUACGGCAAGAACGGCAACAAUUUACCAUCGGACACCGACGUGAUCAACCUCUACAAGAGCAAUGGCAUCCGAGGGCUGCGACUCUACGACGCCGACCCCAGCGUCCUCAACGCCCUCCGGGGAACCAACAUCGAAGUCAUCCUCGACGUCUUCAACGACAAGCUCCAAGCCCUAACCGACCCGGCCCGAGCCCGAGACUGGGUCCAGACCAACAUAGUCUCCUUCCCGGACGUCAACUUCAAAUACGUCGCCGUCGGGAACGAGGUCUGGGCCGGAAACCCCAACACGGCGCAGUACGUCAACUCCGUCCUCCCCGCCUUGAGAAACGUGCACGCCGCGCUCUCCGCCGCCGGGUUGCUCGGCAAGAUCAAGCCCUCCACCGCCACCUACUCGGCGGUGUUGGACAACACAUUCCCCCCAAAUCAAGCCGUGUUUAAGGGCGACGCCCAGGGGCUAAUGAACCCCCUCGUCCAAUUCCUCGCCCAGAACAACCUCCCUUUACUCGCCAACAUUUACCCUUAUUUCAGCCACAAAGACAACCCCAAUCAAGUCCCCCUCCCCUACUCUCUAUUCACCGAGCCCAACCCCAACUCCGCCGGCUACCGCAACCUCUUCGACGCGCUCCUCGACUCCAUGUACGCCGCCGUCCAGAAGGCCGGCGGUCCCAACAUACCCAUCGUCGUCUCGGAAAGCGGCUGGCCGUCCGACGGCGGCUUCGCGGCGACGGCGCAGAAUGCUGCCACGUACUAUAGCAAUCUCAUUUCACAUGUUAAGGGAAAUUCUGGGACUCCGAUGAAGCCUGGAAGGUCAAUUGAGACUUUCCUUUUUGCCAUGUUCGAUGAAAACCUGAAAGGCGGUGAUGAAGUGGAGAAGCAUUUUGGGGUGUUUCGUCCAGACAAGACUCCCAAGUAUCAGCUCAACUUCAACUGAUAAGCUCUUAAUGAAUAGUACAAUAAUAAUAAUAAUAUAGGGGAGAAAAAUAAGUUUCCAAACUGUACUUCCCUACAGAGAAUAAGAGAUUGGGCAAUAAAAAUUUGAGUACUCUAUAGAUUAAACAUAUAUACAUGGUGUAA